AUGAAUGAAAUGAAAAUCACUCAAAUAGAUGAAAGAAAAUUUACACCAUCAUCAAUGAUUUCAAUGAAUACAUCAUCACCACCAUCAUCUAAUGUGAUGCCAUUCUCUGUCAGUGCCUAUUCAUCGUCGUCGUCAUCAGCAGCAUCUUGUCCGGUGUCGUUGACCGCCUCCUCCUCAUCGUCAUCAUCAUCAUCAGCCUCAUUAUUAACUUCGUCGUCCUCAUUAAAUUUACCACAGACUACUAUUACUACUACUACUGACGAAGAACAAUUACAAUUCAUUUCAAAGAAAAGUGAUACUGGAACAGAUGAUGAUUUAUAUGCAUGGACCAUAGAUGAUCAAAAUUUAUUAAAUUCAAUAUGUCAUGCUUACGAAUCAAUCUAUGCUGAUAAUGCUACUACUAAUAAUAACGAUUCACCUAAUAAAAAAUUUCAACAUCAAUUAUCAUCUGGUAAAAACAAUCCAAAUGUUACACAAUCAGGUGAUCAUUCUCAACAAAAUUCAGGUGAAUUUGUAAUUAAAAGUAUUGUGGAUUCACAUGUGACCGGAUUCCUUACAAAGUUUGAUGACGUUGAACAAGAAGAUAUUCAACAUGCUAGAGCAUUAUAUAUGACAACAUUUCAUGAUUUAGCUUAUCUGAUUGAACCAGCAAUAACACGUUUAGUGAAAUUCGCCAAACAAAUUCAAGGAUUCGAUACACUUGAAGCAGAUGAUCAAAUUCGUUUACUUAGCGGUUGUUGCAUUGAUCUAAUCACAUUAAGAGCUGCAUAUUGUAUAAGUAGAUCAGCUAAAAUUCAAGGAUUAGUUGAUAAUAAUUCAUGGAUGAUUCGAAGUUCAACAACAUCGACAACAACAACAACGCCGUCAUCAAUACCAACAUCUUCUUCGCUAUUGGCAACCAGUAAUCAAACAACAACAACUACUACUACCAAUUUAUCUCAUCAAUAUAAUACAAUAACACCACCGCAUAUACCUAAUAAUUAUUAUCCAAAACUUGGUACAUCUGAUGAGAAAUGUGCUCAAUUAAUUCGUGGUGUAGCAUUGAAAAUGGCACGUUUGAAUAUUGAUCAAACUGAUGUAGCUAUGAUGGCAGCGAUUUUAUUAAUGUCUCCUGAUCGUAGUGAUUUGUUAGAUGUGGACACAAUAGAGAAUAAUCAAAAUAAUCUUUUGGAAACAUUCAAUCGUCAUGUGAAUCGAACACGUGGUCCAUUGAAACAAUCUAGUACUACUACUACUACUACUUAUCCAAUAUCAAGUUCACAAUGUUGGCCAAGAAUUAUUAUGACACUGACUGAAUUACGUUCAGUUACAAUGUGUGCACAAGAUUUAUUCUCACAAACUCCUGGAACAAUGAUGAAUGGUCUCAAUCAAUUACCAUGGUAUUUUCAAGAAUUAUUUCUAGCUAAUGAAGAUGUUUAA